ACAGGACGGAGGAGUUCCGGAAGGUGAACGUCCUGAUGAAGGUGCCCGCGCUGAGGGACGGUUCGUUCACCUUAGCGGAGAGCAUUGCGAUCCUCCUGUACCUGGCCCGGAAAUUCAAGACUCCUGAUCACUGGUAUCCGUCUGACCUGCAGAAAAGGGCUAGGGUUGAUGAGUACCUGUCAUGGCAGCACGUCAACAUUCGCGGGAAGGGGAGCAAGCUGUUCUUAACCAAGGUGCUGCUGCCCCUGCUCACAGGCCAGCCGCUUCCUCCAGAGAAACUGGAAGGUGUUACUGAAGAGCUGAACGUUGUCCUGAAGCAGUUUGAGGAGAAGUUCUUGCAGGACAAGCCCUUCAUUGCAGGCAGCGAGAUCUCCCUGGCCGACCUCGUAGCGCUGGUGGAGCUCAUGCAGCCUGUAGGUGCCGGCUACGACCUCUUUGAGGAGAGGCCGAAGUUAGCGGCGUGGCGCCGGCGGGUGGAAGAAGCGGUGGGGAAGCAGCUCUUCCAGGAAGCCCACGAAGGGAUCUUGACCGCCAAGAACUUGACCGCUGAUAAGAUUGCACCUGAACUGCUGGAGCAUUUCAAGCACCAGCUCCUAAAGCAGGCCGGCCAGAAUUAGGGGGUUACACUCUAAGUAAAAUGGAUUAUUUUGUGCAGGCU